AUGGAGGAAGCAUCUCACACACCGCCUAUACCACCUAGCUAUAAUACAAGUAAAAUAGCUGAUGUUUCAGAACAUGUAAUAGAUCCUGAUAUACUACCGGGUGAAGAAUCCAAACCAUCAAAUUUUAGUAUCGAGCCUGUACAUUCGCCUAUUACAACUAUAGAAGCAUCACCAUUGAAGAAAUUAAAAUUAGAAGAACCAAUCAACAACUAUGCAUCCAAUUCUUCGGAACCCACUAGUCAUUCAACAGUAAAGAAAAACAGACUCGUUAUCAUAUAUGACAAACCUCGUUAUACGCACAUGAAGAUGCUUUUAGAAGGGCUUCAAAAUAAUACAACUGAGAAUGUUUAUAUAAUAGAGCUUAAUUCAAUCGAUAGAUUGGAAUCCGACGACAGGCUUUCAACUGUCCAAUUCAACUUUUUAAAUAUUUGUGUGGAAUAUAAUGAUGAAUUUGAAAAUAAUAUGAAAAAGCUAAUUGACUUUAUCGAGCAUGAUGCGUCCCGGAUGAAGAAUAUGUCAGAAAUAGCAUAUCAUUUCCAUUUUGAUUCUCGAAAGAAAUGGGAGGAUUACCAAGAGUAUGAGCGGCAAGAAUAUCUGAGGUUUCUUGUGGUAUUGAGUAAAGUCGCAGGGGAUCAAGUAACCCAAUGCUCUGUCAUAAAUAAGUAUGAAAUAAAUACGAUUUAUCUUACUGAGAGAAAUGAUUUAGCUAAGUUGGGUCAGGAGAUUCAGGAGGAUAUACAAAAUUGGAAAAACUUGAAAAUAUUCGACUAUGGUGAAAACUGCAUUCGAUUCUUUCCUGGUGUUAAAUUUCCUGAUUCCUUAGAGAUACUAAAUAUUGGGGGAGGAUAUUCAUUAGAAACAUUAGCAGGCUUUAAAAUGCCCCCUAAUUUAAAGGUUCUAGUAGCCUGUAAUGGGUCUAUUUCAAGUAUAGAUAAUGUUAACUUCCCGUCAUCACUUGAAAAGUUACAGCUCGUCGAUAAUAAAAUAUACUUUUUGAAUUAUGUGGAAUUUCCUCCAAGACUAGAGACUUUAGAUGUGUCCCAAAACAGAAUUGAUAGUUUACGUGGAGUUAACUUCCCUAGAAACUUGAAAUACUUGUCGCUUUCCCAAAACCCGAUAGAGUGUAUUAAGGGGGCUAAGUUCCCAGAAAGCUUGGAAUAUUUGGAUCUUUCUUGCAUACCUAAUGAGUCUAUGACUGGUGUUAAAUUUCCAGAUCUGCUUCAUUCGUUAAAUUUACAACAGUCCAUGACCAACACAAGAGGUUUGAAGUUACCAGCAUUUCUUAAGGAAGCCAAUUUGGGAUUUAAUGGAGUUAACAGUAUAAAUCCGUUGAAAUUACCAAACAGUAUUGAAAGUUUAUAUUUGGGAAAUAAUAACAUAAAGACUCUUAACAAAGUACAAUUCCCAACAGCAUUAAAAGAAUUAUAUCUUGGUAACAACUUGGUAACUACAUUAAAGAAUGUUCAAUUUCCACAUGGAUUGGAGUUACUUGAUAUCGAAAUGGAUCCUGAUAUUGAUGAGAAUGAUAAGCAUAUAACUACAUUAAAAGACGUAAUUUUUCCUCCUAACUUAAAAGUUUUAAGGCUAGGCUACCAUUCCAUAAAAAGCGUUGAAUCAAUAGAGUUUCCGUAUUCAUUAACUUCAUUGAGUUUAGCAUACAAUGAAUUAAAAAUUAUACGAAAUGUUAAAUUCGGAAACAAAUUAAAAACAUUGGACUUGAGUGGAAACCAAGAGUUAACAAAUAUCGAUCACUUAUUGAUCCCUGAAUCUGUAACAGAUUUACGAAUUCCUUCUCUGCUUGUAUCAAACUUGCCAGCAUACAUAGUAGAAAGAGCAAAUAGAAAGCAGUUGGUUAUUAGUAAGUCUUUGCCCUUCAAUAAUUGA